CCUGCCGUGCCCAGCUCUGCCCGUGUCCGUGCCCCUGCGGGGAGCGCGCCGGGGCUGCCCCCCGAAUGACGGGCGGAAGGUUCGACUUCGACGAUGGCGGCACCUACUGCGGCGGCUGGGAAGAGGGCAAGGCGCACGGGCAUGGCAUCUGCACGGGGCCCAAGGGCCAGGGAGAGUACUCGGGCUCCUGGUCGCAUGGCUUCGAGGUGGUCGGCGGCUACACCUGGCCCAGCGGCAACACCUACCAGGGAUACUGGGCACAGGGCAAACGGCACGGGCUGGGGGUGGAGACGAAGGGCAAGUGGAUGUACCGGGGGGAGUGGUCACAUGGUUUCAAGGGGCGCUAUGGGGUCCGGCAGAGCCUGUGCACCCCCGCUCGCUACGAGGGUACCUGGAGUAACGGGCUGCAAGACGGGUACGGCGUGGAGACCUACGGGGAUGGAGGUACCUACCAGGGCCAGUGGGCCGGCGGCAUGAGGCAUGGGUACGGUGUACGCCAGAGCGUGCCCUAUGGCAUGGCCACGGUGAUCCGCUCGCCGCUGCGCACCUCGCUGGCGUCCCUGCGCAGUGAGCAGAGCAAUGGCAGCGUGCUCCACGAUGCCGCGGCCGCAGCAGACAGUCCAGCGGGUACCCGCGGUGGCUUCGUGCUCAAUUUCCACGCAGAUGCCGAGCUCUCGGCCGGGAAGAAGAAGGGCGGUCUAUUCAGAAGAGGUUCCCUUCUUGGAAGCAUGAAACUCCGCAAAUCGGAAUCCAAAUCUUCCAUCUCCAGCAAGCGCAGCUCGGUCCGCAGCGAUGCGGCCAUGAGCAGAAUCAGUUCCAGCGAUGCCAACUCCACAAUAAGUUUCGGUGACGUCGAUUGUGAUUUUUGCCCGGUGGAAGACCACGUUGAUGCCACCACCACGGAAACCUACAUGGGUGAGUGGAAGAACGACAAGCGCAAUGGCUUCGGCAUCAGCGAACGCUCCAAUGGCAUGAAGUAUGAAGGUGAAUGGGCAAAUAACAAGAGGCAUGGGUAUGGCUGUACCGUGUUCCCUGAUGGCACUAAAGAAGAGGGAAAAUACAAAAAUAAUAUUCUGGUCCGUGGAAUAAGGAAGCAGCUCAUACCAAUAAGAAAUACAAAAACUAGGGAGAAGGUGGACAGAGCAAUCGAAGGUGCGCAAAGGGCAGCCGCCAUGGCAAGAACUAAAGUGGAAAUAGCAAAUUCAAGGACCGCACACGCAAGGGCUAAAGCUGAUGCCGCUGACCAGGCUGCACUGGCCGCCCGCCAGGAAUGCGAUAUCGCGAGAGCUGUGGCCAGGGAGCUGUCUCCUGAUUUCUACCAACCAGGCCCUGACUACAUCAAACAGAGAUUUCAGGAAGGUGUCGAUGCUAAAGAAAAUCCAGAAGUAAAGGUACCGGAAAAGCCACCUUCACCAAAGGAAUCGCCUCACUUUUAUCGCAAAGGCACAACACCCCCAAGGUCUCCUGAGCCAAGCCCCAAGCAAAGCCACUCUCCACAGCCUCCCUCUCCAAAGCCCAUGAAGAAGCAAAACCCCAGUUCAGGGGCAAGACUCAGUCAAGACAGAAAGAGCAUGGCUGAUGAGCAGGUGAUAUCCAUUGUCAAUAAACCUUUGAUGUCAAAGGCACCCACAAAGGAGAUGGGAGCAGCCGUGCCCCAGUCCAAGUACUCUGGCCGCCACUACGUCCCCAACCCCAGCAACGGGGAGCUGCAUUCUCAGUAUCAUGGCUACUACGUGAAACUGAAUGUACCCCAGCACCCUCCAGAAGAUACGGAGGAAGGUGAGGGGUCUAGCCAGUUGUCUUCAGCACUGGUGCACAAGCCACCACCUAACAAGUGGAGUCCCCCUAAAUCUGUGACAAAAUCAGUUGCCAAAGAAAGCAAAGCUGAGCCAAAAGCUAAGAAGUCUGAACUUGCAAUACCAAAGAACCCAGGAAACAACAAUUCGUGCCCUUCUUUGGAAAAAGAAGCCAAUUCAGGCCCUAAUUCAGUCAUGAUUGUCCUGGUCAUGCUGUUGAAUAUCGGGUUAGCCAUUCUUUUUGUUCACUUUCUAACUUGAUUGGAAUUAGGAAAGUGAAGUCAUGACAACUAGUGGUGUUAGCCCACAGGUCUCUUCAGUGGUGUCAUUGCCUUUUAAGUGGCACACCUCAGUCAGACUCAAGACACAGGGAAGGAGGCUUGCAAUUAGGAUGGGAUCACGCGAGAGAGGAAACUUGGAAAAUACAGUCAGGGAACCUGUUCAGGUCCCCCCCUGGGAGUGUUUUGUGGCUUUGGGGGUCCUCUGAGGGCUGAAGCA